AUGGAAGCAAGCCACCGGCGAUCUAAAGUGAGAAAGAUGGAGGUGGCCAGCAGUAGGAAAAGGCAAAAACGGCAACUGAGGCGGCAGUGCUUGGUGGAAGGCAGAAACCCUGGGUCGUAUUUGGAUCAGAGUCAACCAUGGGUUUGUUUUGCUGAUGUGUCCAUUAUUGGACACAUCAGCAUGCCAUCUCAGCGCUAUAUAGAAAUGCUUGUAAUUUUAAGUUGGACUGUUAUCCUUGCAACAGGCGGAAACAACAAUGUGCAAGUUUUGAGCACUGAAUGGUUGGGAAGUCAGAGAGCGUCUCUGAUGGACAGACAAUCGUCUUAUGAUUCCAACUCCCCUUCUUCUAUGGUUGCUACAUCUGAGAAAGUACUGGUUCCUGGUGGCAUGAGCAAUGGCUCUUCAUCUACAACUGGUCAAUUGGAAGUUGCUGAAACAGUUUUAGGAGAUUCCCAGCCGAAAGCAAUUCUAGAUUCCAGUCACUCUAAUAUUGCAAUGGCGGAACUAUUAGAUGUCGCAAGUCCAAACCAUGCAACUGGUGAUACAAAUCCAGCAGAAGGAUACCAACCAAAUCACUCUCUAGUGGCUGGUGGAGUCCCUCUGGCCUCAGAACUACCUAUAGUCCAUCCAUCUUAUAGGUUGGACGGGAAGAAUUAUCUCCAAUGGGCCCAAUUAGUGAAGACUCUACUGAAAGGCCGUGGGAAGGGUAACCAUUUGACUGGAAACCCUCCCAUGGAAACAGAUUCAACGUACAUAGCUUGGGACAUAGAUGAUUCUCGCAUUAUGUCUUGGCUAUGGGGAACUAUGCAACCAGAGAUUAGUAGGAACUUUAUGUUCCUAAGUACAGCCAAAGCCGUAUGGGAGAUAGCGCAACAAACCUACUCCAAACUCCAGGAUGCUUCCGUGAUUUUUGAAGUCAAGAUAAAGAUCACAGCUACCAAACAAAGCCAACUCACAGUCAUGGAUUACUACAACUUGAUGAGAGGAUUGUGGCUGGAACUUGACCAAUAUCAACCCAUCAAAAUGGUAUGCCGAGAGGAUGCUGCAACACUCAAUCGGAUAAUUAAACGAGAUUGGAUUGUUGAGUUCCUAGCUAGACUCAAUCCUGACUUCGACCAAGUAAGGGUGAAAAUUCUCGGUAAGGAGAAACUACCAAAUCUUAAUGAGGUUUUUGCAAUUGUAAGGAGUGAGGAAAAUCGAAGAUAUGCUAUGCUAACUGAACAUAUCACCGAGGGAUCUGCCCUUGUGAUCAGCAAGCAAGAAGCUUUUGCAAAAAGCCCCACCACACUAGGGACAUGCUUUAAAUUGCAUGGGAAGGAGUUAGUCUUGAGCAAGAUUGGAGGCUUCAAGAACAUGAAAUCCCCAAGUAUUCAUGUAAAUAAGGAACAAGGAGAGGAAGCUGAUAAAGGGGAAGCAGAAGCUGAUUUUGCUCAACUGAAUGCCGAGGAGCUAGAAACCUUUGCACCUGUGGCAAGAAUGACUACGGUAAGAAUUUUAAUAGCAUUGGCAGCUAAAUUUGGAUGGAAUUUGCAACAAUUCGAUGUCAAAAAUGCCUUCUUACAUGGAGAUUUAGAGGAAGAAGUUUUUAUGGAAAUCCCUCCUAGCUUUACACAUGAAGGAGAUGGGAAGACUCAGGAAUCACUUCAGAAAAUUCUGAGCAGGGAAGUGAAGAAAGGUCAACCUGUUACUGAUAUUUUUGAGAUUAAUCGAUUACGAAGACAAUUACUCUUCCAGUCUUAUAUGUGGGACCACCGCCUGAUCUAUGCUGUCAGUUUAAAUAGCAGGACCCUCCAGGAUGAGAUAUGUAACUCCAAUUCAGAGAUUUUGGAGAAGCCACUUAAUGAUACUGAGCUGCUCGUAGAUACAAAUGUUCCUGUUAAGCCAGGAAAUGAACCAUGUUGUUCUGACUCUGUUCUUGCGGAUAUAAGGCUUAAGGCAGGUCAUGAUCAUGGAGAAGUUGGUAGUCAUCCUAAACAGGCAGAUGUAAUUCAUCAAGGAAAUGCUCUCAAAAUGGAUUCAAACCAUGAAAAAGAAAAUCCAAGUGAUCUUUCUGUUUGUAUGAACAGCUGUGUUGAAUCUGAGCCUCCAGAAUCCAAAUUGGUUGUUCAUAGGACUCUAUCUGAUGGGCAGUUCCCAAUUGUGCCAAGUCUAACAGACACCCUUGAUGUUGCAUGGACUGGUGAAAAUCAUCCAGCAAUUAGAAUAACAAAGGCUUAUAGUCCACUUCCUGAAUUAAAUGGAGGUGACUCUUUAACUGUAGCAUCAGUUGUUGAAAAGUUGGAGUUUGAAGACCAUGGAGGUAACCAGAGUGGGCCCACAGUAUCCAAUUCACUCCUUGUAUUGUCCAUUAAAGGCUCUGAUAAUAUGGAGGAUUUUGUAAGCUGGCUAGGAAUGCCCUUCAUAAAUUUCUAUAAGUCUUUGAACAAGAACCUUUUAGGGACCAGUCAGAAGCUUGAUAUGCUUGGAGAGUAUAAUCCUGUUUAUGUUUCAUCAUUUCGAGAUUUUGAAUUUCAAUGCGGUGCUAGGUUGCUUUUGCCUGUGGGUGCUAAUGACACUGUUGUUCCAGUGUAUGAUGAUGAACCAACAAGCAUUAUAUCUUAUGCACUGGUAUCACCAGAUUAUCUUGUUCAGUUGUCUGAUGAAUAUGAAAGGCCAAAAGAUAAUGGGGAAACUACUGCUUCAUUCCAGUCUCAUGAUUCGGGGAAUAUUCAAUCACUUAAUGCCUUUGAUGAAAUGGCCUUGGAAUCUUAUAGAAGUAUUGGAUCUACUGAUGAUAGCAUCCUAACCAUGUCUGGACAUCGCAGCUCAUUGUCUUUGGACCCACUCUCAUGCACAAAGACUUUGCAUGCAAGAAUUUCUUUUAUUGAUGAUGGUCCUUUAGGUAAGGUGAAAUAUAAUGUGACUUGUUACUUUGCAAAGCGGUUUGAAGCCUUAAGGAGGAUAUGCUGCCCUUUUGAGAUGGAUUUCGUUAGGUCUCUCAGUCGUUGCAAGAAAUGGGGUGCUCAGGGUGGCAAAAGCAAUGUCUUUUUUGCAAAAACCUUGGAUGAUCGCUUUAUUAUCAAACAGGUUACAAAGACAGAGCUGGAAUCCUUCAUAAAAUUUGCUCCAGGAUACUUCAAGUAUCUAUCUGAAUCAAUUGUCACAGGGAGCCCAACUUGCCUGGCAAAGAUUCUUGGGAUAUAUCAGGUUUCAUCAAAGCAUCUGAAAGGUGGAAAGGAAACAAAAAUGGAUGUUCUGGUAAUGGAGAAUCUUCUAUUUCAAAGGAAUCUAACACGGCUUUAUGAUCUCAAUGGAUCUUCCCGAUCACGAUAUAAUCCAGAUUCCAGUGGAAGUAAUAAGGUUCUGCUAGAUCAGAAUUUGAUUGAAGCAAUGCCAACUUCUCCAAUAUUUGUUGGAAACAAGGCAAAGCGGUUGUUGGAAAGAGCUGUUUGGAAUGAUACUUCUUUUCUUGCUUCAGUUGACGUCAUGGAUUAUUCCUUGCUGGUUGGGGUGGAUGAAGAGAAACAUGAGUUGGUUAUUGGGAUCAUUGAUUUUAUGAGACAGUACACUUGGGACAAGCACCUUGAGAGUUGGAUGAAGGCUUCUGGCUUCCUUGGUGGGCCGAGGAAUUCGUCUCCUACAAUCAUUUCCCCUAAGCAGUACAAGAAAAGGUUCAAGAAGGCCAUGACAACAUAUUUUCUGAUGGUCCCGGAUCAGUGGCCUCCUGCUACCAUCAUACCGAGCAAGUCCCAGACUGACCUUUGUGACGAGUACUCCCAAGGUGGCGGGACACAAGUCGAGUAAAUCCAUAAAUUAGUGAUCAUCAGUGGUCUCCCGAGGAACUCUCACUCCAAGCAAGUCCCAGUACUAAUCUUUGUGAAAAGAAGUCUCUCUCAAGAUGGUUAUGGGACACAAUACAAGUCGAGUAAAGCUGUAAAUCAGUGUGCCUUUGUACAUUUGCAAGUAUUGUAGUUCCCUCUUGUCGUCGUCUUGUUAAAAUGAGAAGUGCAGGACAAAGGUUAUGGCAGCCAUUAAACCUUCUCUGGGGGGACUAAUAUUGGAUGGCCUCCCAGUGAAACUUUUGUACAUCAUCACCCUUGUAUUUACCAUUCAAUAUGUAUAUGAAUAUCAAUGUUAUUGAUUC